UUUGUGUGGGAGAGGGGUUGUCAACAGUCAACUUCAGCAGUUCCUUUUCCACUCGUUUUUUUCAUUUUAAUUUUAAGAAAUUAAAUAAAACAAUUUUACAAAGAUGGAAUAAUAGUUCUUGUCUGACACCCACCGUUUUUUUAAUUUAAUUAAGGUUUCAGUUAAGUUUGUACUUUAAUCUGAAUAAUAAAAUGGAGUUUGUCGUGCAAGAGGCAGCCCAGAAAGUUUUGGAUUGCGAAUUGCAAAAAGCACGUCAACUUCGACAAAAGCAGGUUCGUCAACAAGCCAGCCAAUGGUCGGAGGACAGGAGGAGACUAUUCCAAGAGGAAAAAAUUAGGCAAAAGCAGGACAUGGCGAAACAAAUAACUGAACAGGUACAGGAAUAUGCCAAAAGUCGGAUUGAGCACCUGCUAACGGCGCACGACCUAGCCGUGGCCGAAGUGGGAGCGGCACAUCGAGCGGCUGCUCAUCUGCGCCAGGUUGAGGCGGAUCGGAGAGAACGAUGUCAAGAGCUUGAGGCUGCUGCCGACGAAAGAGGAAAUGCUGCCAUAAGGGAAGCGCUUAAAGCUCAAAAGAAAAAAGAGGAAAUGCGGAGCGAAUCGUUACAUAGAAGGGAACAAGUAAGGAAAGAGGAAGACAGGAAGGCCAAAGAAAUGUUGGAGAAAUCAAGGUCUAAAUUGAAUACUCGUGGUGCUACCACCGUAUCAGGGGAUCGACUACCAUUGUCCAAUGUGGCCAAUACUGUAACGACUCGUUCAUCAUCAAUGAAGGAUCAAAGUGCCGCGAAUCGCCUUAAGUAUCCUGGAAAAGUUCAGCAGACUCCGUCCAAGCCAAAAUUCCUUACGAAACCAAAAAAACAUGGCUAUGGUCCAACGACGCCAUCAAGAACCAAAAGUGUUCCCUCGAAGCAUGCAAAUAUUACCCCGGCUGGGAGUGCGUUUGAUCGAACUGCAAAAAAUAGGAGCAAAGCAUCAAAUCGUACAAAGGGGAUGCUACGUUAUACCAGCACCGGUACGGUUGUCCCCACUUCGUCCACUUCUCUAACUAAGCAAUCAACGACUCCAUCAUCAACAAAGCCAUCAACCUCCGGUCCUGGGAAACAGAAGGUUCCUGCCUCCCCGAGUGUGGCAACUCGUAAUGGAACAAGUACGGUCCGGUACUUUGAUACAAGGAUGCCAAGACCUGAGACGAAUUACACAGCUCCAACAGGACUUGCAGUUAGAGAACAUGAUCACCACGGAAGACAUUCCCCAGAUGCUUGGAAUAAGGCAGAAGCCAUAACUAAGCUUUCCAUGAAGGAAGUUGAGGAGAGGGCAAAACAUCAAGAGGAUUUAUUGCGCAGAACUGAGGAAAGGGGCAAAGUUGCUCGAAAAAAGGCACAUUUGGAGAAAAAAUUAAUCAAUUUGAAGAGCGAGCUAUUGAGUGGAGAAGGAGCAGAUGCAGAAACUGCUUUAGGGACGGGACGACAAAUUUCAUUAUUAGACUUGGAAGAUGACGCACCUCAUCCACGCUUCGGCGACCACGAAAUGAUGAGUGGAAGUGAUGCUGGAUCUAAACACGAAUCUUUAGAUAGAUCUCAUGGUACUCUCAAAAAGUUCAAGGUGAACGACAAGGCCUCGGGAUUUGGUGUUGAUCUAACAAGAUCUAAAGCUCGUAGUAAAGGAACUACUAAGACCAAGCCCAAACCAAAAGAAGAACUCGAAAAUGACGAGUUGCGAUCCGAGAAGAUUGCAUCAGAGAUUGUAGACAGACUAGAAUCUGAUAUUGAAAAGCUGAAAAAGCAAAUGAAAAUAUUGGUUCAUGAUCACGGCGGUGUCAUUUCAGAAUCAAGUCGAAUUGACGCUAUUGAUUCAUCGAGCCACAAGCAAGCCAGUAAACCCAAGUCUCCUCGUCAUGCAUCCCCUCAUGGUCGGUCUCCUAGCCCAAAGAUGCCAGGCACUGGCAGUGGUAAGAAGAGUGAUCAGUCCAAACCUAAUCAGGUUUUCAAAAUGGAUACCGGCUCUGACACAUCAUCAUUAACACCCGAGCCAAAGUUCAACACGGCUCAGCAAGCACGUAAGAAAGAGGACGAUAUCAUUGGUCUCAAAACGCCAGUAGCUUCUGGUCAAAGAAGGAUAAUUGUGCCAAAAAAAUCACGAAGCAAGGAUAAGACAUUCAAGAAGAGAGAAGAACGACUUGUUUUCAGUCCAUCGCACGAGUCUAUUAUUGUAGCAAGUGACGAAGAGAAGGGGGUUUCAGAGUCAACUCCAAUUUCAUCUGCAGACAAGUUGAUCACUAUUCGAAGCGCAAAGCAUAUGAGUAACAAAUCUGACGUUUUGGAAAUGAGUAGUAUCAACACGACAACAUCGGCUUCCAUUACUCCUGAUGGUUCUCCUGAGCUUCCAAUAAAUAAAAAGCAUGUGAAAAUUGCGCCUUCAGGUGACAAGUCUGUUGGUCAUGGGCCAGAUGGACCUUACACGUCUACGCCGGAGGGAAAUCUAGUCCUAAAAAAACCAAGCUCUCGAAGUGUCGCUGUGGCCGUCAGUAAAAAGGAUUUGAUGCUACAUCACAUUGUUUCCGGAUUUUUGACCAGACGAAUGGAAUCAAUUGAACUUAUGCCUGUGUCCUCAUCCUCGUCUUCCGAUCUCCAUGUCGAUUCAAGUCUGAUUACUCGUUCUCCUUCCUCUACGGGAGCUUCAACUUCGUUCCACUCCCCAUUUGGUACUAGUGCAAGCUCGGCUCACACCUCGACUGAAAAUAAAUCUACGACCUCGCAUUCAUCUGUCUAUAGAACUCGCACAUAUGAAAAUCUUCUCAGGUCUCGGACACUUGUCACAGCAACAUCAACGACAACAGACACAGAUGCGGAACAUGAUGUUAGCUUAACAAAGGCAGUCAAAAGAAUUCCUGUUCAUAAGAAUGAUAAAGCAGUGGCAACUUCCACAACAGAAAAUAGGGGGAAGGGUUCUAUAACGUCUGGGUCCACCUUAGCGGAAGCCACAGUGCGAACAAUUAUUGAAUCCACUUCCGGAUCAUCCUAUUCUACCAAUCAAGGUACAACUACUGACACCACCACCAAUACCAGCAAUGGAGCAGUAGAAAAUACUCCGAAAAGUCAUCAUGACCUCGCUUUAACAACCACGUCGAGUAAUUCUGAAAACUCGACCCUUCAUAAUAUCAAUCUCGUACAUGAAUCCACCGGACCUACAAAUACCGACAACACUACUGGUGGUUCUACGUCAGAACCUACACUCUCGUCUCAAAAAACCACUUCUUUAGAAAGUAGGGAAAUAAAACGAGCAGCUUUUCGCAACUUGGUAGGGGAUAUGAUCGACUACGAGGACUUUCUCUCCCCAAUAUGUCCCCACAAAACACAAGAACAACCAGAUAUCCUUGCUACUAUUUUUGAGAAAUUACAGGAAGAUUUUAUUGGAUUAAUGCCAAUUGAGCGACCACCGUGGUUUGUCUAAAUAGAAUCAGGUCAAUUAAGGCAAGGGAAAAAUUAUCAUUAACAAGGUCGUAUCACGUAUUAAUUAAUCCAUAUUUUUCUUUAUUAUUUUCUGCGGAGGUGAAAAUGUGAAAUCUUUUAUAUUUUUUAUAUUAUGUCAACCUAUAUAAUAUAUGAUAUUCAAUGAGUGGUAAAAAGGUCGCGAGCGCAUGAUUCUAAAAAAAUCCGAUGAAAUGUUAAUUUAUCAAAAAAUGAUUUAUACAGUGCAAUAAUAUCUAAUAAUGUUUACAAAAUUUUAUGUGAGACUGCAGUAACUGUAUAUAUGCAAAAAACGCUAUGCUAUGCAUAUGCUAAAAUAAUGAUAAUAAAAGAGAUUUAUUGAAAUUGAAAA